AUGACGGUAUCAAAACGAUUGAGUGAUUUUCUAAAUAAUCUAUUUUAUGAUAAUGAUAUCCAAGAAGAGUAUUAUGUGAAGAUGAGGAAUAAAUCCUCUUCAACUUCUGCGUUUGCUGUAGGUUUAGUGGCAGCUGUUGGGGGGUUUUUAUAUGGUUAUGAUACAGGAUUAAUCAAUGAUAUAUUGGAGAUGAAAUAUAUAACCACCCACUUUCCUAAAGACCAUGUGGAAGGUUUUAGUGUGCAUGAAAGAGCUAUUAUAACAGCUAUCUUGUCAUUAGGAACAUUUUGUGGAGCUAUCACUGCUCCUUUGAUUUCAGAUAAUUAUGGUAGAAAAUUUAGUAUUAUAGUAUCGUCAGGAAUUUUGUUCACCAUAGGGAAUAUACUUCAAGUUAGUAGUAAUGGUAAUGUGUUACUUUGCGUAGGGAGAUAUGUCUCGGGGUUGGCUAUUGGGAUUUUAUCGGCUAUUGUACCCUUAUAUCAAGCUGAAGCUUCACCAAGAUGGGUUAGGGGUUCAGUGGUUUAUUUAUAUCAAUGGGCUAUUACUUGGGGUUUAUUAGUGGCCAGUGCUGUUUGCCAAGGUACUAGAAAUCUCGACAAUAGUGGAUCUUAUAGAAUACCUAUAGGAUUACAAUUUUUGUUUGCUUUAAUUUUAUGUGGGGGUAUGUUAUUUUUACCAGAAAGUCCACGUUAUUAUGUUCAAAAAGAUAAGCUAGAUAAAGCUUUAGCAAGUUUAUCGAAAUUAAGAAGAAUCGAACAAAAUGAUCCUGAUUUGAUUGAAGAAUUGGUAGAAAUUAAAGCAAGUUACGAUUAUGAAAUGUCUUUUGGGAAAACCAAAUUAAUUGAUUGUUUCAAAAAUGGUGGUGGUAGAAAUAAACAAGUCUUAAGAAUGAUUACAGGUAUGGGGAUUCAUGUAUUUCAACAAUGUAGUGGUAUAAACUUCAUUUUCUAUUAUGGAGUUAAUUUUUAUUCCAGUACUGGAGUGUCUAAUUAUUAUUUGAUGUCUUUCAUUACCUAUGCUGUUAACACCCUUUUCACUAUCCCGGGAAUUUUAUUGAUUGAAAUUAUAGGUAGGAGAUUAUUGUUAUUAGGUGGAGGUAUAGGAAUGACGAUAUCAAAUUUAAUUAUUGCCAUUGUAGGGGUAUCAGUAUCUGAUGAUAAUAUCAGUUCCAAAGUAUGUAUUGCCUUUUCAUGUGUAUUUAUUGCAUUUUUCGCCGCCAGCUGGGGUGGAGGUGUUUGGGCUUUGACAUCCGAUUUGUUUGGUAUUAGUAUUAGACAGAAAGCUAUUUCAAUAACUGCAUCUACUAAUUGGUUGGUCAAUUUCGUAUUUGCUUUCAUAACACCUUAUUUGAUCGAUACAGGUGAACAUACUGCUGCCUUGGGUACGAAAAUUUUCUUCAUUUGGGGUGGUCUUAAUUUUAUGGGUGUGAUCUUUGUUUAUCUCAUAGUGUACGAAACCAAAGGUUUAAAAUUAGAAGAAGUCGAUUAUAUGUAUAAAGUUUGCUCAGGACCAAGAGAAUCUAAAAAGUUUCAAAGUACGAAAAUUCAUUACGAUAAUAUUGAUACUUAUCAAUUUGAUUUCAUGCAACCACCCUAUCAACCAAUUGAACCUAGGAAUGCCAAGUCGAGUGAAUCUCCAACUACAGGACCUAGCGAUAUUUCAAGUGAAACUGAUGGUCAAAGACUAGAUCGUUCUGAUCAAUCUGAUCAAUCAUCAUCUGAAUCUGACACAGAUAGCAUUCCACCACAUCAACCAAUAUUUCAAACUCAACAAAUCAAUUAUUCGGAGGUUCAAAAAUCAGAUUAUGAAAAGUAUUUAGAGAGUUUAAAAACUGAUGAUUCAAGUCAUUUGGAGAGUAAAAAUAGUAGACUCAGUAGAGGUAAUAGUACACAAAUAAGUAGACUUGGUAGUGGCAGUCAAUUAGGAAGUAAAAAAUAUGAAUCAUCAUCCACAUCCAUCAACGUUAAAGGAACUAAUAUCAUUGCACCAUUCUUUGAAGCACCUCCAAGUGAUUCUGAUAGUGAUUGUCUGUAG